GAUCUAGUUGUGAAGGAUCAGCACACAUUACAAAUGCACUGGUCAAGCGCAAUUAUAAUAUCCAAAACCAUAAUAUCUAUGAUGUAGAUCUAAUAGUCAUUAUAAAUGGCAUGCACAUGUCUGGCCACAGUGUGUCACCCUAGUCCUUCUGAACAGAUCUUAGUGCUAAUCUUCUUACCUUAACUCUGCCUCCCUUUCGGCCAUCUGGUGAGGCUUCCUGGAGAAACUACAGUAGAUUUCCGUGUGGAUUUUAUCGCAGAAGGAACCAUUCAUAAAUCGGCAUGUAUAAAGCUUACUGGGAGAACCUUAAUGAGGAGGAACAGGAUUCUCUGUCUUCUUCUUUCUGGACGGAUCAAGAGAGUGAAGGAGAACAGAGGGAAUGUUUUGUAAAGGACGACUGGAGGGAUGUAAGGACUGAAGGGAAUCCCGGAUUCAGUGAGAAGCAGGAGAACGCUGAAAAAAGGGACACGCUGGAGAAGAUUACACAAGACACAGAGAAACGGCUAAGGGAUGAAGAUCAGAGUGAGAGAGAGGAAGAGCAUGUGACGGUUGAAGAAAUUGGGAAUGAUAGUACUGGAAUAAACUCGGGAAAAGAGAGUGAGGAGCAAGAAGAGCGAGAUAGUGUUGAAAGUGAGGAUAAAAUAAUAACAGAUAAAAGUGGUAGUUUGAAAAGUGACAAGGGACUCUCAGAGUCUAAAGAUGAGCUGGAAAGUGAGGAGGAGGAAAAAGAGGAAGAAGGCUUGGGGGUAGAGGUAGAAAGUACAGAAAAUCCACUCAAAAGAAACAGCUGUGAAAAGGAGAACAGAGAGAAAGUAACAGAUGAAGAAAAGCUUGUGAAUGGAGAACAGAUAAGUAAAUCCUGGGCUGAAGAUGAGCAGACUGGAGAUGAGGAUCUUUUAGAUGAAGAGGAUGAAGGCAGUGUGAAAAUGUUUGGACGUGAUUGCAGCAGUGAUGAUGAUGAUGAUGAUGAUGAUUGCGACGACGAUGAUGAGGAAGUGGAGAGGUUUGAUGGUUUGGACAAAGAAGUGGAUAAAGAUUCUGAAGAAUAUGGUCUGCAGAAUGAAAAGGAAGUUGAUUAUUCUACCAGUGAAGGGAACAGUGGUGUAACUUGUGAGAGAAUGGGAAGAAAAGAACCAACAAGUGAGGAUGAGAGGACUCCAUGUUCUGUGAACCAAGACGAUCUUAACAGAUUUGAGCAAAAAGAGGACUGGGUGGGUGAAUCAGCAGAGGGCAGUGAAGUGGGAGGGGACUUUUUGAAUACAUAUAAUGAUUACAGUAUUAUUGAGCAGACCGGGUUGGAUGAACAGAAAUACAGAGAACUAAGUCAGAUGUGUGAAACUGCAGAACCUAACCAAAAGAGUGCAACUCCACUAACGACGUUAGAUAACGACGCUAACGAAACAGAACAGAGUGACGGGUUCUACACCACACGAGGCGAAACAGAUGGACAUGGUGUUUCUCAGCAAAAAUGGAAAGACAGUGUUAAACAGCAUGAAGAGAAACAGAUAAAUGAAGAUAAUUACGACAUGUAUGAAGAAAAAGAGGCAGUUGAAGAUUACCUUGGCAGUACAGGCAGCCCAACAGUAAGUAUCUUAACUUCUGGUUAUGGAACCUACAGACCAGACUCGCCCAGAGACGAGCUGGACUAUAGAGACGACUGUACUCUGACUGGACUGGAAGAAGACGACUGCGAGUACCGCAGUGUUGUCGACUGUGAGGACGACUACUGCCAGUCUGUGAAUGAACACAGUGGUUUAUUGGAAACAUCUGAGCAUCCGAUUCCGUCUCUCUCUCUUCAGCGAAUUGACCAUUCUGUUGAUCACUGUGACUCCAGUAAAGAAGAGACUGUACAGAACACUGGUGAUGGCCGAGGUGAACCUACUGAGAACAGACUCGGAUCUCAUGGCCUAUGUAAUGAGAGGGAUCUGGAGUUAGAUUUCGCUGCAGAAAGUGUUGAGCAGAUGAGUGGCAUUCCUUCACAAGUUUUAGAGGUAGGCGACCGUGACGCGGCUGAAGGUAGCGACCGCAGCGAGGCAAGCACAGUGUAUCAGGAUUAUCACCACCCCUUUAACCUGAGACUCAGUAAAAGCAGGACUGUAUUUGAGCACAGAAAUGAACACCGACAUGAGGGAGAGGAGUCAAGGAAGCCAAAGAAAGUAAAAUCACACAGUUUAAAAUAUGAGUCUGUGAGUAUGCUGGAGGAGCGUUUGGACCAGCUGAGGGUGUCUGCUGGUGGUGGGAGUGGUGAGACGGAGAGUGAGGAGACAUACAGCGACAGCGACAGACAAAGCUCAGCAACAGUAGAAUUACCCAGUGCCUUCGAGGCCUACAUGAAGGGCAUGAAACGAUCCCGCAGUGAAAAUGACAUCAGGCAGCAGCCCAAAGCCUUUAUUCGUCCAGCCAUGGAUCACCCACAUACAAGGAACUUGAAAAAAAAUGAUCCUGUUGCAAAGUAUUUUCAGUACAAGCAAGACUGGGAGAUGUUUAAGCCGCCUGGAGAGAAAAACAGGAAGGAGCUGCACUGGGCCAUCAGGGAGCAGCUUAUGUAUCAGCCACCACCGCCAAAGCCACAGAGAACCUACGUGCCCAAUACCUACGUGGUGCCUACAGAAAAGAAGCGUUCAGCGUUGAGAUGGGCAGUGCGACAUGAUUUGGCAAACGGCCUCAUUCCAGCAAAAAUCACUUACCCUUGACAUGAUGUCUUUUUGUGGUUGUUUUUAUUUAUUAUUGUGCAUCAUUUCCUGUCCCCUCAACUGUAUUUGAAAUAAAUGCCAGGUAACUGCA